GGCUGCAGCGGAGUAGGGGAAAUAUAUAAUCGGAGGUUUACAUAAAUUUUGACAGUGUCUGUUGGGGUUUCAUUUUUUGAGCUAACAGCAUUCCAGAGGCAUCUCGAGAUGGACGGCGACGACCAGAAGAUGGCCAUCAUGCGCAAGGCCUUCCAGAUGUUCGACACCUCGAAGUCCGGGUUUAUUGAGACGUCCAAGAUCAAGACCAUCCUCAACACCAUGGGGCAGCUCUUCGACGACGUCGAGCUGAACAAGCUGAUCACGCAGAACGACCCGGAGAAGAGCGGCACCGUCAACUUCGACGGGUUCUACAACAUCGCGUCGCACUUCCUGGAGGAGGACGACGACGAGUCCACGCAGCAGGAGCUGAAGGAGGCCUUCAGGUUGUACGACAGGGAGGGUAACGGGUACAUCACCACGGCCACGCUCAAGGAGAUUCUGGCGGCGCUGGAUGAUAAUCUUACCAGCAGGGAUCUCGAUGGGAUUAUCGCGGAGAUUGAUACGGAUGGCUCUGGGACGGUUGAUUUUGAUGAGUUUAUGGAAAUGAUGACUGGUGACUAAAAGACAUACUUCUACAUCCACAUCCAAAGACACGAGAGACUAGUGAUACUGACAAUGACGAAAUAAACAUGUUUUAGUAUAAUUGUUUUUUAUUUGAGGACGCAAAUACAAGUUUUUGGGAAA